AUGGCGAACCUCCCCGCGCACGCCUCUCCGAAACUCGCCCCGCACUCUAUCGUACCUACCCAGACGGACCCUGAAUUCAGCAAUGUGAGCCAGGAAGACGGGAUUGUAACGGGCGAACAAACUCCUGCGCUACCGGAUUCGUUCCUAUCACCUGCAUUCACUCCACCCGUAACUCCCGGCGGUUCAUUGGACAUUGCCACCAAUCCGACAAAAUUCCUCCAUAAGAGUCAAUCCGCCGCAAUCCAGCAUGGAGAUGAACACACGAAAGCGCCGAAGCUACUGGAGGAGCUCCCGCGGGUAGAAUGCGUUGUGCGGGCACGAAUUCCGACCUCUAACGGCGCCGAGAUGUUCCUGCAUCUCUACCACAAUGACCUGGAUAAUAAAGAGCACUUGGCUAUUGUAUUUGGAAAUAACAUCCGCAGUCGCAGUCUCGAUCGCGUUCACCCGGGAGAGACCGAGAUGGAUCGCAUGAUCCGAGGCGCAUAUGUGGGGAAGUUGCACCCGGGUCGAGUCAGCAGCUGGGAUGAUGACGACAAGGCUGGAUCAAAUUCAUCGCCGCGCCGUAUGGAGCCCCCACUGGUGCGCAUUCAUUCUGAGUGUUAUACGGGAGAGACAGUGUGGUCGGCCCGAUGCGAUUGUGGUGAGCAGCUAGAUGAAGCCGCACGAUUGAUGUCCUUCCCUGUUCAAGAUCUUUCGUCUGAAGCACCACCGGAACUGCAGUCUCUGCGAUCACAGUCUGCAGGUGGUGUUAUUAUCUAUCUACGACAGGAGGGUCGAGGCAUUGGCCUUGGAGAGAAGUUGAAGGCGUAUAAUUUGCAGGACCUCGGGUCUGAUACAGUUGAGGCCAAUCUUUUGCUGCGGCAUCCGGCAGAUGCGCGAAGCUAUGGUUUGGCCACGGCCAUGUUGAUGGAUCUUGAUUGUGGAGCGGAUACCAACCCGGACGGAAUUCGCUUGCUCACAAAUAACCCUGAUAAGGUGCGAGCUAUUGAAGGGCCCAACCGAGAAGUGAUGGUGAAGGAGAGAGUACCUAUGAUCCCCCUGGCCUGGCGAACUGGUGGUGAACGGGGUAUCAAGAGUUCCGAGAUUGAGGGCUACUUACAGACCAAGAUCUCGAAAAUGGGCCAUAUGAUUCAAUAA